AAACUAAUACCUAUAUUCGUAAUCAAGUACAUUGUGCGACACUCCGACGUCCAAAACUUUUUUAUGAACUCAAUACCUUAUUAAAACUGACCUAACCCAUCGGGUUCUAUUGUAUGUAUGAGAUUUAGGUAUAUGGGUUAAUGGUUAUAUCGACGACUUGAUUUGCGACAGCAAAAAAAAUACUGUAGGUCUUUUUUUUUAUUCCGUCUUUCGAGUGCUGUCAGGAAGUCGACACUCGUUUCCUGCACACUUAAUACAAGUUAUGUUCGACGUCGUACGUAAUUUAUUAAAUCGUCCACCGAAAGUAGUACGCCGGCUGUAUUGUAUUAUAGGUACUCUAAUUACACAAAUCGAACGCAUUUGAAAUUUUUUUCUCUUCUCUUUAUUCCUCGUCAGACGUCUAAGCGACUAUAAUGUGAUGCAAUAUAUACAUGUACACCGUCUACCGAUCGUCGUUGAUUGAUUGAUUAUUCGCAUGCAGAAAUGGGUUUUCGGAGUAGGUUGUUGUGAUAAUAUGUACACUAAGUCUGCGAGCGCGUCAUAACUAGUCGACGUUCAAAAUGAUAACUUCGGUCCUCGUCGCACGCGGUCGGCAGCCGCUAUAGUGGUGGUGGUUAACGUGCUGUGGAUACGCGCGAGGGUGGCCGUAAACUAAUCGAUACGGCGUGACGCGGCACGCUCGAAGGGGAACUUUUAGACACGGGUGUGUGGGCGGGUGGCCCCCAGCGUGUUGUCGUCGCGCACAUUCCACCGCCGUUUCGCGCCCCUCGGACCGACGUCGCGCAUCCCUCGCCAGUACCAAUCGUCCCGCCGUCCGAGCGCCAUCGACGUCUGCCAUGCUUCAUCCGUCCCGAGUCCUUUGUCGCCGCCGCCGUCGUCGUUUCCGCAACCGCGUCAUCGUGCACCGACUCGAUUGGCGACGUUAGACCGUAAACGCACUCUCCGCCAUAUCGUAAUAUAUCGUUUAGCCACCGCCGCCAUUGGUCGUGGCGUAGUGGUUACACACGGUGCUGUUGCUGGUGUCGUCGCUGUAGUGGAUCGGGAUCGUGCGAUGCGCAGUGUAUCAUGACACCGUGCCACAGCGAGACCAGAAGGAAACAGCGGCGCGUCCACGGGCUGCAGAUGCCGUGGCACCCGCAGCAAGUGGCCGGUUGGCUAGUACUGGCCACGUUCGGCGCCUGUUCGUUCGGAGUCCUCUUGCCCGGCCUCGGGCCCGACGUCUACCCCAUCGCGCUGUUCGUGCUGGGCAGCCUGUUCUUCUUGCACGUCGUGUCGCACGUAGCCGCGCUGCUCAUCGAUCCCGCGGACCCGCAGCUCCGCGCCCUUCGCGACGACGGAGUAUCGUCGCGAAAGCCCGUACCCGAGCUAGACAAGACCAAACACGCGCACGUCAUCGAGAACGGCAAGUGUCACCUGUGCAAUAUAUACACGUCCGGUCACCGGACCAAGCACUGCGGAUCGUGCAAUAAGUGCGUGGAGAAGUUCGACCACCACUGCAAGUGGCUGAAUCACUGUAUCGGCGCGAGAAACUACGUGGCGUUCAUCGUGAGCGUCGUGUCGGCAGUGCUCGCGUGCCUGGUGAUCGUGCUAGUAUCGUCCGCCGAACUGGUCAUCUACAACGCGGACCCGUUAAACGUCGAACACUACCUGCGGCCGGUGUUCGGCAGCAAUCAGACCAUCCAGGUGAACCAGUUAUUCAGCAUCAGUCGACUGCCGGUGGAUCGGAACGUGUUCGUGGCCGUUGCGUCCGCCCAGUGCGUCUUGGCCUUGGUCGCCAUGGUAUUGCUGCUGCACCUGUGCGUCUUUCACGUGUACAUAUCCGCGCUGGGCAUCACCACGUACGAGUACAUCCGGAACUAUAGGCGGUAUCCAGAGUUCGAUUCCAGGAACGGCGCGGCCGCGUUGUCGUCGUCGUCGUCCAUGUCCGACAACAACGUCGCGAUGUCUUCGGGAUCCUGCAAGAACGCUGCGGGCCGGAAGUCCGCUAUGGCCAGAGUGUACAGCUCGGCUUGCUGUUACGGCGCGGUGACCGCGGGCCGACGAAAGCGGCCGUCGUGUGGCAUCCACUCGAACCUGAACGGCGCGAACCGUAACGACUCGGACGGCGCGGCCCACGACGACAUGACCGUGGAAACGGUGGAGUCGUACGGUCGCAAUAGCGGCGCCAGUAGGCUGCUGCACCCGAAGGACAUGGACCGGACUGCGAGACCGGAGGACCGCGAGCAACAGAACGCACAGCCGAAGUGCCGGUACUGUCUGGAGAAGAACAGGAUCCGGGGCGACGGCGCGCGAUUUUUUGUGUUGGGCAAACGUCGCAAAGGGUUCUGUUGUUGCUUCCAGAAACCCGAGCCGGUGUUCGGUCGAACCGCCGUUGCUGCCGCAGCCGCUGCCCAUCAUGUCAAGGUCCCGCCAUCGCCGUUCGCGGUCCGUCGGAACCGCGUCAUACCCACCGACGGUGGUCAACUGUCGUUGGUCGUCGACGAGUGGAAAUCGUUCAACUCAGGCACGCUUCCGGCCCUGCCGCACGCGGCCGGCCACCGUCAGAUGCAAAAGAUCACGCUCAAGGAGCUGGGCCAAGUUUUGGCGUUCGUCGAACAACAACCGUCGAAAGCCAAGCGGCGCAAGAUUGGUGGCGGAAACGGACAGAUAAAACACUCAAAAUCGUCGUCCAACCUUUCGCCGAUUCAUGAAUCGGGACUGUCCAACCCGUCAACGCCGCAACUGAAAAACCGUUACCCGCAGACUAGGCCGUGUAGUUGGCUGUCGUCAACAUCGUCGCCGCCACCGCCGACAUCGUCUUCCUCCCCGCACAACACUUCUAAAAGCGCGUGAUUUAUGUUUGUGUGUGUGUAUGUGUGGGGUUUUCCAUAACCACCCUUUCCUCCCCUGAAACCCACGUGAUGUGUGUGUGCGCACAAUUUGCAUUUCAUUUUUAUCGUCUGCUCCUCGUAGACCGAUAAAAUAUUUUAUGAACGACGGCGUUUGGUAAUCAAAAUUAUAAACAAUAAUAUUAUAUAGUUUUACUACCUUACAACCAUGUCUGAGCCGAAACGACUCACGAACGAAUCAACGACUAUCGCUAUUUCCAUUUACUAAUUUCCCUGGUCUAAUGUCUGUCGGAAAGUUCUUCCGUAUAGCAGUUUGGAUGUAGGUAUAUGUAUAUAGUAUAUAGGUACCUAUUUGAUUUAACGCGAAUGAGUAACGAUAACCUAUACUGACUAUUACUGCUAUGAUAAGAUAAAAUGCCGUUAAUCACUUAAGAACAUUUAAAAAAUAUAUAUGUACAUCUUUAUUUUGCAUUUUCUUAAGAUCACAUAAUACUUCCUACAUAGGUAAUAAUAUUUCUUAUAAUAUAACAUAUCAACUUGUGCUUUCAUGUAUACAUUUACACGAGAAACGGAAUGAAAAAAAAUAAGUAUGAUAAAAUGCAUUUUUAUAACAUCUUAAUUUUUAAAUUGAUAUAAACUUGUUUCAUAAGAAAGAAUGUUGUAACUCGUAAGUACGAAUUGUACUUAAUUAAACUUUAUAGGUACUUAUUAUAAUUUAUUUUAUAAUAAUAAUAAUAUCUCGUUAAUUGAGCAAUAUUUUAAACUAACCUAAAUGAGCUAAGUUUUAAAAUUUUUAAUUUAUUUUUCUUCGGACGGCAUUUUAGCUUUAGAACACAAUAUUUAUGUCAUCAAUAUUGUACUUAUAUACGUAAAUUUUCAAAAUUCUGAGAAAGAAUAAACUACAAAUAAUUAUAUCAAAAUAAAUUUGGAUUUUAUUGUUUUUUAUUUUAUACACUUACAUUAUAUAUACAACUUAAGUAGGUACCUAUUUAUUAUAUUAUAUAUAAUACUCAAACUGUUAUACUUCCCUAGUCCUUAUAUGAGACUAAUCGUGACUAUCAAUAUGUUUUCAUUGUGACAUGUAAUAAAUUUACGUUUUCAAAAAUCAACAAACAACUGCAACCCAUUUAAAUCAAUAAUGAUGUUUAAUUUUCGUAAUGACCAAAUAAAAAAUGAUUACCGAGCACGCAAUAUUAUACUAUUUGUUAUCAUGUGAUAUAUAGGUACCAAUUGUAAGUCGUCCUUUCUUGUUGUACUAUUAUAUUAAUAUUUUAAUACUUUUCCAUUUUUAUAAAUUAAUUUAAAAUUUUAAUAUAUUUAGAAGACUAUUAUUAUUUAUUUAAAAAUAAGUUUUUGUGAAAACCAAAUGUUUGAAUUGUCACAAUUUAGUUUUAAAUUGUACCUAUUAGCAAAUAAUAUGUUUGUGAAAUUUGUAUGGAAAAUUGAGUAUAUUUUUUUAAGGUCAAUGAUUUACACUGUACAGUGGUUAUAUUACAUUAAAAAAAUCAUUAGUUGGUGUUUAAUAUGUCCAAUUUAAUAGCAUUGCCUGCAACAGUUUUAAUGUUAUCUAAUAUAAAUGUUAAAAAAAAAAUAAAGAUAAUAAGUCCACUGUGUUUAUUAUAUUUUAUUAUUUAAAAUCUAAAGAGUUAAGAGAGUUAUAUAAAGUAAGAUCUGUCUGUUUUGUAUUUAAAACAAUACUGAGUAUUUUUUUUUUUAAUUUACUAAUAUCGAGUCUUGAUAAUUAAGGUAUUGUAAUUUAUAGUCUUAGUAGUAAUAACUAAUAACAGUGAAGUAUUAUAUCAAUAACCAAAUAUGUUUUUCUAUAUACAUGAUAAGUUUAAGCCUUGUAUAAUAAGGAAGAAAGGGUUAAACGGCAUAGGCAUGCGCAGAACAUUUUUGCUGUGAGUGCACAGUACUAAAAAACAGAUUUAACAUUUUUUUAAUUCAUGAAAAAUUAUUCAACUCGGUACCUAAACAUUAAACUAAGCUGAACUCACUAGGGGUGCAGUUACAUACCCUUCACCCUGUGCGCACGCCUAUGUUAAACAGUAUAUUGUGUGAUUAUGAAUUUGUGAUAAUUAUAGUCUAAUCAUACAAAUGUAUUUACAUUAUUCAAUAUUCAGUCAUAUUUUAUUUCAUUGUCUAAACUUAAAAAAAAAAUUUUGGUUCUCUCCUAAUGCCAUUUUUCAAAACCUACUAUUAAGAAAAAUUAAAAUCAAUUCUAUAAUCAAUAAAUUUGGUUGGUUUUCUGUUUAUUUGAUAAAAAUACGUUAGUGGACUUGGACAUUUUUUUCACAUAAACUUAUAUAACAUCUAACAUCAUACUUUUCUAUUGUACUUUUAUCAUAAAUUGGUAUGUUUAACCAUGAUUUAAAUUUUAAGUAAACGUAUUAUUUGAAGUAUUAAUAAAUAAUUUUCUUGUGUUUUUUAGAAUUUUUACCAGAUAAUUGUCUUUAAAACAUACCUAUUAGUUUCCUGUUUUAAAAAUUUGAAAGUGAAAUAAUUUAUAAUAUUUACUCAUCAUUUUGUUUUUGAUAAAUAUAUACUAUAUAAAUAUAAUAUUGUAUUAUCAAAUAUUGUGUUUAUUUAUUUUUGCAUAAUAAAAAUGGUGUCCAUAUAA